CGGCCGCGGUGCCUAAAGGCAUCCAAUUGAUCCAUCCAUCCCUUCCUUCCACUCGGCAUUUCUCGACACCUUCGCAGCGCCGCCGCUGGUCGCGGAAGAUGACUGUCGCUGCACGGAUUGAAGCGACACCAUGGCCGGCGUCAAGAGAUCCCUCGCGGCCAUGAUGACCCGAGACGGCGUCUCCCCCGGCGCCUCCAGCGACUCUAACGCCAGGUCGCGACACCGUCCCGGACCAUCUCAUGGUCUCAAAAGCGCCUCAAGGACGCCGACGCCGCCGCUUCGCCCUGUCAGGGGCGACAUCCCUCUCUUCACGUCCGCUGCCUCCAUCGUCAUCGUCGGCGUUCGCGGCGCUGGCAAGUCUACAUUGGCCAUCAUGGCGGCAUCCGCGUUGAAGAAACGAAUCAUCGACAUGGAGACUGCGUUUCAACGUACCACGAGCUUCUCCAGCGCAGGGUUCAAACUGGAAAACGGUCCAAACGAAUGCCAGGCGAGACAGGCCGAGGUGCUCGAGGACGUUUUGCGCCAGAACCUCACUGGCGCCAUUGUUGUUUGCUCUUGGAUGGAGCGCCGCAUUCAAAACUUGCUGCGUCGUUUCGCCGCCACAAACCCCGUCGUGCAUGUCGUUCGCAGUGUCGAUGCCAUUCAGGACUAUCUCAGAAUUGCGGACAAGGCCAAGGCCCAGAAUCUACUGAACAUGACCAACCUGUACUUUCGCACAUGUACCAACCUCGAGUUCUUCAAUGUCUCAGAGAUCCAUACCACAUCGCGGGAUCCAGAGGAGCAGGACGGUGCGACUUCAGCGGCACCACCGCCGCAUCUCGCCUUGCAACAAGCAGAAAGGCACUUCCUCAAGUUUCUGUCCCUCAUCUACCCGGCGGGGACGAUACCAUUCUUUGAAUCAGCCUUCCCGCUGGCGAGCAUUUCUCCCGAGGAGCGACAAUUCACGUAUGCGCUGUCCCUGGAUAUGCGAGAUGUGCUAAGCGGCCAGGCUGAGUGGCACGACUCUACCAUCGGCGUGGACGCUGUGCAGAUAUUCGUCAACAGUCUUGUGGUGGCAAGAGGUGACAGCGCAAUACAAGACCUGUUCCCGGUGAUUGCCAACGACAUCACCGAGGCUGUUGCCAUCGUGCGGAGAAGCACAAUGCUGCCGAUUCUGCUGCACAUCAAGCUGCCCGAGCAAACCAUGGACAGGGUGCUGCGCCUUUAUCUGGACCUGUUGGCGCACGCCCUCUGCCUGGCACCGGAAAUGCUCACCGUCGACCUCCGCCUGGACACCGUUGACAUUUCGAGGAUCAUGUCUGCCACGCGGCGCUCCAAGCUCGUGGGAAACUACUUUACAUCCACGGACACACAGCCCUGGGACUCGCCGGCAUGGCUGUCGUGGUAUCAAAAGGCCUGCCGCAUGGGGUGCGACAUGGUUCGCCUGGUGCGCUUUGCGACGUCGACGCAAGACAACUUCGCCAUCUCGCGUCUGCGUGCCAGGAUCUCUUUAUUGGAUGGCAGUGGAAUACCGCUCAUUGCGUACAACUCGGGGCCCAUUGGGCGCCACUCAACAUGUUUCAACCCUAUCCUCACACUCGUGGCGGCGAAGCCCGUCGACCCGAGCAACGCAGGGCAGGCGCCCUUCCCCUACAUUACCGCCAAAGAGGCCACGACGGCCCUGUACUCGUCUUUUGUGUACGACUCGAUGAAGCUGUACGUGUUUGGUGCCAAUGUCGGCUACAGCAUGUCCCCCGCGAUGCACAACGCAGCCUUGGUCGCCUGUGGUAUACCGCACCGCUACGAGCCAUUUUCGAGUGCCUCUCUGAGCGGCGUCAGGCAGCUGCUCCAGGAUCCCAAUUUUGGCGGAGCGUCGGUUGGCCUGCCGUUCAAAGUAGAGGUCAUCACGCUCACGCAUUCGCUCAGUCCGCACGCCCAGGCCAUUGGCGCCGUCAACACGCUCAUUCCCAUCCGACAGCUCAAUCCAGACGGGUCGAUUCCCACGGGCGCCAACCUUUUCCGCGGCGUCAAUCGGGCUGGUCCGGUCCAGGCUCUCUACGGAGAGAACACAGACUGGAUAGGCGUCCGCGCUUGCAUCCGGCGCGGAUUGUCUCCCGCCAAUGCAGUGCGGUCAUCUACGUGGGGCCUGAUUAUCGGCGCCGGCGGCAUGGCCCGCGCUGCGACAUAUGCCAUGCUGCAGGUGGGUGUCAAGAACAUUGCCAUCUUCAACAGGACACCCGCCAACGCGGAGAAGAUGGUGGCCCACUUUCGGCAGUUGCUCCAGAAGAAGGAUUUUGAGCUGCUCAGCAACGGUCCCGAAACGCAGUUUCGCGUUCUCCGAUCCCUGGACGAGACGUGGCCGUCGGACUGUCGGCUGCCGUCCAUUAUCAUCUCCUGCAUCCCUACCCACCCCAUCGGAAGUACCCCGUCACCCGAAUUCAAGCUUCCCGCGCAAUGGCUCGGCCACCAGACCGGUGGCGUCGUCAUCGAGCUCGGGUACAAGACGCUCAACACGCCCCUGCUAGCACAGGCGCGCAACGCCGCCUCGCGCGGCUGGGUCGCCAUGGACGGCCUAGACCUGCUACCGGAGCAGGGCUUCGCGCAGUUCGAGCUGUUUACGGGCCGGAGGGCGCCGCGGCGGGUGAUGAGGCGCGAGGUCUUGGAGAAUUACAGAGACGCACAAGGUAGAUCACACCAGGCGGAGCUGCAUGGCAGGCUGCGGUCUAUUGUCGAGCAGGACUCGUGACGCUGGUGGAGUCGUGGGGUGCUGUUCAUUCCAUCUUGGCAGCUUAGAUACUUGCUUUGCCAUCAAUGGUAUUGAGAAAGAAUUCUCUACACCAUCUAGAUUACAUGAUGCCG